GAAGCGCGUGAUUGAACUCCUGUGUUGUUGGCUCGUUUUGCCCGCCGCCCUCUAUAGACAAUCAAUAAUAACAACAAAAACAACGAUUUGUUUAGUGUAGAAGAAAAGAAGAAACAUAAAAAACCAUAACAUCCAUAAUUCAAUCUGUUUUUGUGGUGAUUAUAACUUCGUUUUUCCAAUUUUGCGGUCUUAUUCUUAUUCGUGUUUAACUUGCAACGAACGGGCAAACUCUUCCUUCCUCCACCAAUUGCGGUGUGUGUUUUAAUUAUUUUGCAUUUAGUUUUUCGCCGUGUGUUGGUGUUCUUUUUUUUCGGUAGUUUUUGUGUGCGCGGAAAUUCGUGUUUUGCAAGUGAAACAAAAAAGUCUGCAGACAAAAAAUGCAACUCCACCCCCUUGCCCAGCUUUUGUAAUCAAGCCAGCCAGCCUGCCUGCCUACUCACGCAAAAUAUAUAAUAUAAGUGAGAAUUGAAAAAAGAAGAGAAAAAAAAAAUAUUCGGUGAAUCGCGUGUAUGGUUAUUUAAUAUGAAUUGGAAAUGUUUUUUGUUUUUGUGCAACAAUGGAUGAUGGUGAAGAAUGCAAAUGAAAUAUAAGAAAUAAAAAUAAAAGAAAAUCAAUGCAUUUAACAAAUAUGCAAGAAUUGUGAAAGAGUAGAGAAAAAGUUGAGAAACAACAACAACUCAGGUCUAUGGUGGAGUUGGUUUUGCAUUUUACUCCACCACCAUACCAAUACACCAUGCCACCCAAUCAGUAACUGCAGUUGUAUUGUAAGACAAAGGCAACAACAACAAACAGCAAUCAAGGCAGUGUUGUCGAUAAUCGUCAUUUAAAAAAAAAUCCAACAAAAACAAAUAUCUUAGAGUCCCCCUCCUCUGCUGCUGCCGCUAAAUAAACCAACAACUAUUUCUCAUUGUGCAGCAUACCCGCAUGCAUGUUGGCUACCACUACAAAGAUGAUCUUUACAAAAACUACUAUGACGAUGAUGAUGAUGCCAUCAUCUUGGCCCCAGUUGUGAAGAAAAACAACAACAAAUCUCGGUGUUUUAACGUUUGUUGUUCAUUUAAAUCCCAUAGUGAAAAGAAAUUAUGCUUUAAGCGCAGUUUUUUUUUGAUUGAAUUUGUGUUCGUUCUGUACAAUGAAAAUGAGUAAAACUUAAACAUACAAAAUAUUGUGAAAUUAACAAAAAAAAGAUUCAUUUCGAAAAUAAGAAUUAAACCAGACCUUGAUCGCAAUUGUGCAUUUUGUUGUGUCGUGCUUUGUGAACAGAAGAGGCAACUUUUUUUGCGGUUCAACGAAAACCUUACCCCCAUUCAUGACUGGAAUAAUUUAUUAACCUGACUUUGGAUAUUUCGUAAACAAUUAUCUUACACAAAAUCAAGUGAAGUGUAGAGGAGGGACUUCAGCAAGACAACAAUGACAAUGGCAAAUAUGUAAAUCACGUACAAAACAAAAGAAAGAGAAAAAAUAUGGUGUGGUGUAUAUUCCCAUAGUUUAUUUAUUACAUUUUAGUUGCCCAGUUUUUUUUUUGCGAACGUAUCAAUGUGGCGGCCACUGUGUUGUGAAUUUAAUUAUUUAUAAAUUAAUAAAUUUUUGUUGAGUUUUUCAAGCUGCCAACACAAAAAUUUACCGAAAAAUCAACAAGUUAUAAAACCCUUUGAUUUUUAAAAUGUCAUUAUGUGUAAAAACCCCACAAAGUUGUUUUUCUUUAGCCAACUUGCUAGCUGUUGUCUUUGCCAAAAAGUUUAGUUAACUGAAAGUUAUAAAAAAAAAUCGACAAACAAACAAAGCUAAUGUGAAAAAGAAUUAAUAAUAAAAACGUGUAAAAUUUAAUUUGAAAAUAAAAAAAAGAAAUAUUUGUGGAAAAAAUUUUGAAGUCCAUGCCACAAACCCCCGCUGAUAACGAACACAUUGAUAUUAUGAAUAAUAACAACAACAACCAUAAUAAAAACAGCAACAACAAUAGCAAUAACAUAAAUUUAAAUAAUAACAUCAACAGUAGCAGCAACAGUGAAUCGAGAAAAUUAUUAAAUAAAUCCUUUAAGGAUAGCUCAAAUUUUAAUGAAUUAAUGCAACAUCGCAGCAAGCGUCUAUCGCCCACACAGGAAUCGAGUAACAUGAGUUUUUCCUCAGCUUCAGUGGCUGGUUCAAUACAGGAUGACAUUGGCGAUCCAUGCGGUUUGACCAAGGCCGGUUUGGAAGAGUACACCAUGCGUUCGAAUUCGUUUUACGAUAAUCCCGUUUUAUAUCAUCAUCAAAAGCAAUCAUCAUAUGCCCAAUCUGAGGGUUAUCACAGCUAUGUGUCCAGCUCAGAUUCAACAUCGGCCACACCCAUGCUGGAUAGAUUGCGUCAGGAAAGCGAUUUGCUAUCACGUCAAGCAUCACAUAAUUGGUCACAAAACGAUCUGUCAUCUUUGGCCUCCACCUCCUCAGUGGCCGCCUCGCCCACCUCUCUAAUGUCACGGGAACGCGACUUAAGUGAGUUGAGUGUCUCCAGCAUCACGCAACAGCAGCAUAAUAACAGCUCUGAAAGUACCUCGUCCACAGAGACAUUAAAAUGGCUGGGCUCCAUGAGUGAUGUGUCUGAGGUGAGCCAUGCCACGGGAUUUUCAGCCAUCUCAGAAUCUGUCUCCACUUCCCAGUUGAUAGUGCAUAGUUCCCGCGUUUUAACCCCCAAAAGGCAUCAAAGUGAAGGGGUUUUGGUGGCCAAUGAACCAGAAGUGCCAGCUCAACAUCAUGCCUCUGCGAGAGCCUCUCAUUCCCAGCAACAUAGUCCCGCCUCGGUGUCUUCGGUGACCCAAGGUUCCUUGGUGCCCAAUCAUCGCCAUAGUCCCAGCUAUCCACCCAUACAUCAAACCUCACAUUCCCUGUAUCGUCAUCACCACAAUCAUGGUGGUAAUGCGGAGCUCAGCAAAUCUUCCUUGGCCAGUGAGAAAACCUCUUCGCAAACAAAUAUUUCGGUUACCAUAUCGAAUAGUGAGGCUGUGGUCACUAUUUCGCCUCAUCCGCCGCCUGUGCCUGCCGCCAAACCUUUGGCCAAUGGCUGCAGCAGUAAUGAGUCGCUUAAGCUUGCCCACAGUAACAACAACAACACCAGCGAACCUGCAUCACAAGCCCUUUCAACAAGUGGGCAACGCUUGUCGAAUGCACCAGCAGCUACAACAACAAGUUCCUUAUCCAUGGCCAGCCAUAAAUCGGUAUCGGCUUCCAUGGACUCUCUUGCAGACAUAAAGUCUGGCAGUGGCUCUGGCUCAGGGCAACUCUAUCGCAAUAACCAUCGCCUGUUUCCAGUUAGCACCUACAUGGAACCGGUGCAUAGUAAUACCUCGCAUUUUGUGCACCAUCCUAAGCCUCAGUAUAGCACCGGCCUGCAGAAGCCUCAGAAGUCUCUGGCCCAGCAACAGCAGCAGCAGCAGCAUCAGCUUAGCUCUCCCUCGGGCAAUGGUAGUUUGACAAAUCUUAGCCAGUCCAAAAAUUAUCCUCAACAUAGUUGGCAAUCGGUGGCCACCCUGAUCAAUGAUUUCGAAAGGACCACCGAUCAGCAGCAGCAGCAACAACAAAUACAACCUCAAAAGUAUACUUAUCUGGAUCCAAAUAAAACCCAUAGGGUACCCAAUCCGGCACUAAAGGCAUUUCAGAAAAAUGCAGUGCAAUCAUAUUUUGAAAGGCAACAGCAGCAACAACAACAACAACAGCAGCACCACCACCACCACCACCAGCAACAACAGUCUCCCAAUUCACAUCUGUCCGAAAAUCAGCAUUCACCCAAGACCGCCUAUCAUCAGACCAGCUCCCCCUUGAGGUCAACAGCUUCUCCCCAACAAGAAGCCGCUGUGGCCACUGUCUUACUCAGGAAUUCUUUGCCCAGCAAUUACAAUUCACCACCAGCUCAAAUCCAAAGACCCUUAUCCGAAGAUAAAAAUGCCUUUAGCUCAAGAAAUCUGGCAUGUUUGGCCCAGAAACCUCCUUCACCAGCCCCACCCCCACCACCGCCCAGAUCACGUUCCAUGAUGCCCACUCUGCUAAGGAGAUCCUCUUCGGCCUCGGAUUAUGCCGAGUUAAGGGAUCAGUUCUUGUCGGCCUCCCAGGAGAAGCUGCAGUCUCAGUCCAUUAAGAAUAUCUCCAAUUCAGAAAAGUUUUCCUUUAAUGAUUGCGGCAUGCCACCUCCGCCUCCUCCACCCCGAGGUCGGGCCUCUAUGUCUUCGACCAGACGCACCUCCUCGGCCUCGGAUUAUGCAGGCAUUAGAGAUAAAGUCUUGCUGCAACACGCUGCGGCCUUGACACAUCAGCAACUACAUCCCCAUCAGCAUCCUAGUGGGCAACCAAUGCCACCAGCAGCACAACUCAUGAGCCAAAGCUAUCAUGGCUCCACAAUGCAUCAUCCACAUCAUCAUCAUUCUCAUCCCCAUCUGCAGCAAAUGGCCUAUCUGCCAGGGCAGGUGGUAACAGCAGGUAAUGGAGUUGCUGCUGCUCAAGAUGGUUGGGUGCCUGAAAGACCACCCAAAAAUCCCAGCCUUAGAGUUCCCUCACCAGACUUGCCACCACCACCACCUGGCCUGGAGAGUGAAACCAGCCUGUCCGAUGAGCCCUUGCCUCCACCACCUCCCGAAAUUCUGCAAAGAAGUGAAUUCAAUCCCGAUUUAAUGAUCAAGCCACCCUCACCCAAUCGUCGCAAUAGUUUUGCUGGUGCCUCUACACGCAAAGCGAAUUUCUUUCAACGAGCCACCUCCAAUGAUUCGGCCAUCACAAAGGGUCCCCCACCUUUGGUGCCUCGCAAACCAGCUAGCAUAGAGUUAUUGCAAGUCUCAAGACCCUCACCCGUGGCUCUAAACAAAUUGCAACCCGAGCUACUGCGGGCCACCAACAUAUCGUCAUCCACACGCAAAAGGCCCCAUAAUCUGGCGGUCUCCUCCAGCAUACCAGCCAUUCAGGAAAAUGUUGCCAGCCCUCAAACACCCAGACAUUCUCCCAGUAAUGUCAACGCUGGACUUACGAAGAACUCUUCAACACCUCCACCACCCCUGAUGCCACGAAUGCCAAUGGCAACCACAACGAUGGGGGUUCAGCAGCAAAGUUUUGCCACCACAACAGCAGCACCAUCACCAACUGUAGCAGCACCAGCAACCGCAGCCUCUCAACCAACGCCACAGCAGCAACAAGCAUUGACAAAUGUUGCUAAUUCGAAAUCAAGAUGUAAUUCCAAAGCAUCAUAUUUACCUCGCCAGAGUUUGGAGAAACAGGCCAGUUCCGAUCCGGAUCAUGGCAGCUACAAGCUUACCCUCCACUCCAAUGAGGAUUUGGUGGGUAGUACCACUAAAUCGACCUAUGACAUCUUGGCUCAGCAGAGCACCAAACUACCACCCAACAAUCUACCCGAUGUCCUGCCAUUGGGAGCCAAAUUACAGCCAUCGUCCAAUAAUUCAAUAAAUUCGCAAGCAUCACUGCGCUAUGGAUCAAAUAAUAACAUCUCCAACUCCUCAUCGUCAUCGCAGUCAUCGCCCACACAGAGUCAGGCGCCAGUUGCUAAUUGCUAUCCGGCCUAUCCACCCUCACAACAGCGUUACUCAACGCCCGUUCUGAAUUCGUUCAAUUUGAACAAUACCAACUACAGCCGAUCUCAAUCGUACGAUACGAAUGCUAGCAAUCACAAUGUGGCCAAAUACAUGACCCAGUCAUCGUUGGAUCUUAAAAAGCCCUCUCUGGGCAUGUCCCUGAAUUUGGAGGCAACCAUUGAGGAGCAUCCCAGCAAUAUGCUGAUGGAAAGCCGCGAACCAAGCCUCAAGGAUCAGCAGCAAAACUCAUCACUCUCCUCGUUAAGCUCUCUCUCAGAGAGUUGUGCCAGUCAUGAGGAGAGACUUAAUGGCAGUGGUGGCAGUUUGAACAACAACAACAACAGCGUUCAUCUUGAAUCCUCCAUAGCUCCGCCUUCCCUAUUCAGAGCCGAGUUGGUGAAUACCACCUUUGCGGGGGGUAAUGCCAACAGCAAGAAAUCUGUUACACGCCAAGAAUCACUGCGAGAGAAUAUUGAGAAAAUUACCCAGCUACAGUCACAGCUAAUGUCUGCCCACAUCAGCGAUAGUGGUCUGAUGAUGGGUCAUGGUUAUACCUCAUCAUUAUCACCUCAUACAAAUUCCAAUAGGACAUCUCAAGCAAAUGUGAUUGAUAUACCAAAAACUUUGGAAUUAGAAGAGGAGGCUAUGGACACCAAUGAUGAUUACCAUGAUGAUGAUGAUAAUGAAACAACACCACCUCCUUCAGCCACUCCGCCGCCACCACCAACCACCACAUCACCACUCGAAACCCCAGCCUGCGUAGAAGAAGAAGUGUUGGUGAUGAAGAAAACCUCCUAUACCACAAAUACUGCUUCGCCCAUAAAACCGCCCAAGGAAGUCGAAAGGCAAGACUUUGAAUCCGCCACCGCCGAACACAUACUCUCCCAAUUGGACUCAAGUACAGAUGGCUUGAAAUUGGUGCAGCGUAGUGAGAUCAUAUUGAGAGUGAAUCCUAGUACCGUAGAAACUGCCUCACAAACCGACGACAUCACCGACAGCGAACUCAAAUCUCUGACAGAUGCCAGUAACAGCAAUAGCAAGGAGGCGGAAACCGCCAACCGUGCCACCACCUUGCAACCUCGCCAACGCCUGCCCAUCGAAGAUGAAUGUGAGAAACUAUCCAAAGAAUUGGCCCCAUUGUUGCAAAGCAACGAUGCCCUGGUCCAACUCCUAUGCCCGCCGGGCAACAAAACCGUUCAAGACUAUGUGAGUAAUCUCUACAAUCCAAAUGUUCACCAAAGACCCAGCAAGCGUGAUGUGGGCACCUCGACACUGACGCGCAACUCACAACAUCAGCAUCAUACCAAGAACAAGGAAGAGGAGAAAAUCACAGUGGAAUUGAAAUUAACCGAAGUGGAAAUUGCUCCCGACAGUUGUGAUAUACUAAAGAGUAAAGUGGAUGAACUAAUUAAAUAUUUAAAUAAUAAAGUAAGAAUCUUAAGCAAAGAACAAGCCGCCCUGGAUGAAGAAUCAGCUGUUAAUGAUGAUUUAGGCAAUGCCCUCCUCGACCAGCUGUGUGAUAAAGUCAAGCCCAUUGAGGAGUCCAAAUGUCGCACUUAUAUAGCCGAUGUGGGCCAUAUAACAGGUCUGCUGUUAUCACUUUCCGAAAGAUUGGCCAGAGCAGAAAAUCAAUUGACGGCAGUGGGCGAUAACAACACGGAGAAGAAAUCUCUGGAAAACAAACGUGAUCGCCUCCACGAACAAUUGACUGAAGCCAAGCGGUUAAAAGCCGACAUUGAUCGUCGCGGCCUUAGUGUCAAAACACUGUUGGAGAAAAAUCUCAGUGCCGAUGAAUAUGCAGAUUUUGAUUAUUUCAUCAAUAUGAAAGCCAAACUCAUAACCGAUGCCAGAGACAUAGCGGAUAAAAUAAAAAUGGGAGAGGAAAUUAUAACAGCUCUCAGUGAUACUUUAAUACAAAGUGAUUGUUAAAGAAAUAAAUGAAAUAAAAUAAAGCGCACUGCUAGAGAGAGCAAGAGCAAGAAUUCUUAGAAGAGAGUUAA